AUGUUGAGAAAAAUUUGGGAAUAUUAUAAGGAAGUUUGGGGACUUUUAAAGGGAAUUUGGAAAAAUUGUUUAGAGUGGGCUCUAGUUUUGGCUUCACCAGAGGUAAAAAUUCACAUGGACUCAGAAACUAUGGAACCUUUAGAUGUAGAAGUAAAAAAACUAUUUGAAACUAAUUCGAUGGUGGAAGAAUUUAUGUUAUUAGCUAAUAUAAGCGUAGCAGAAAAAAUACUGGAAGAUUUUCCUGAAUGCGCUAUGCUUAGAAGGCAUCCUACUCCGCCAAGCGCCAAUUUUGACCCACUGAUUAAAGCUGGUAAACAUCUUGGAUUUGAAAUUAACAUCGAUUCAGGUAAAAAUUUGGCCAAAUCUCUAGAUGAAGCAGUAAAACCCGAAAAUCCCUAUUUAAAUACUAUGUUAAGAAUACUCGCGACUCGUUGUAUGAUGCAGGCCGUUUAUUUCGCCAGUGGUACAUUACAAAAAGACGAAUUCUUCCAUUAUGGUCUUGCUGUACCUCUUUAUACUCAUUUUACCUCACCUAUCAGGAGAUAUGCUGACAUUAUUGUACACAGAUUAUUGGCAGUCACUUGUGGUUCAGAUUGCACAUAUCCGGAUCUAUUGGAUAAACAAAAAAGCACCGAACUAUGCCAAAAUUUAAAUUACAGGAACAGAAUGGCCCAGUACGCUGGAAGAGCAUCGGUUGCAUUUAAUACACAUUUGUUCUUCAAAGGCAAAUUGCAAGUUGAAGAGGGAUACAUUCUUUAUGUUAGAAAAAAUGCUCUGCAAAUUCUUAUUCCAAAAUAUGGUUUGGAAUGUACUUUAUUUUUGGCCAAAAAGGGAGAAAGUUCAAAUAUUUUUGAAUACAAUGAAGAGGCACAAAAUCAGAAAGCUGGAGAUAUCAUCUUACAUGCAUUUGAUCCAGUCAAAGUACGAUUAAGUCUGGACUCAAACAAUAUUCAGCAUGAAAAGUUUGUAUUGCAAUUGGUUUCACCCUAUAUUGAAGGAUUUAGUGUUCCCCUUCUUGAGGAAUCAGACACAGAAAAUAAUACAAGCAAAGUUAAAAAAAGAAAGUCUGGAGAUGAUUUGAACAAAAAACGUAAAAAAAAAUAA